GCGUCGCCACGACGAGUCCGCGACAUACUUUGUGGCUCGGCUUCGCCCAACUCGCCCGUGGGUCCAGCCGUAAGAUAAGCCCCUCUGCCAGUGGCCACAUUCAGAUUCCUUCGAUUCCUGCGGACAGCGAAAUAGAGAGCAAGCAGUCCGGAAAACAAGACAGUUUGGAAACAGAUUGCGUCGCUGCACAAGGGAAGAAGAAGAGCAGGAAGCAACAACAAUGGCUGCGAUGCCAGCAGCGAUCUCCCCCGGCUGCUGCUCCUCGUCUCGGCUCUCCCAGCCUGCUGGCCUCCUGCCGCCCUCCACGAGCCGACAUCGCUUCAAGGUCACGGCCAUGGCGCCCAAGAAGAAGGUGAACCGGUACGACGAGAACUGGUCGAAGCAGUGGUUCGGCGCGGGCAUCUUCGCGGAGGGCAGCGAGGAGGUGCCCGUGGACGUGUUCCGGAAGCUGGAGCGGCGCAAGGUGCUGAGCACGGUGGAGAAGGCCGGCCUGCUGUCCCGGGCCGAGCAGCUGGGCGUCACGCUCUCCUCGCUGGAGCGCCUCGGCCUGCUGUCCAAGGCCGAGGACCUGGGCCUGCUCAGCCUCGUCGAGGCCGCCGCGGGGGCGUCCCCCUCCGCGCUCGCCUCCGUCUCGCUGCCGCUCCUCGUCGCCGCCGUCGCCGUGCUCGUCGUCGUGCCCGACGACUCCGCCGCGCUCGUCGCCGCGCAGGCCGUCGUCGCCGCGGUGCUCGCGGCCGGCGCCGCGGGGCUGUUCGUGGGCUCCGUCGUGCUCGCCGGCCUGCAGGAGUCGGAUUGAGCUUGAGCGGCGGCGCAGCAGGUGCUGCUGCUGCUGCUGCUGGCCAAGAGCUCCGGCGCCGCGCCGAUCAAGUGUUAGUAUGUUGUAAUUACAUGGGGAAAAGAAAACGAAAUCAUGUUAAUGCGUGGGAGCUUCGCCUUGUAUCAUAACUAGAACUAGGUGACCACGAACACAGAGCGUUAGCUGUUCUUGAUCGUGCACAAGCAGAGUACUGCAAGCGCCAUGGCGGAUAUUGGACGGGCACACGCCCAAUAGCCCUCUUCAUUAGCACAGUGACUCACUCCGUUUGUAAGCUUUGUUUAAGCAGGUGCAGUUUGGACCUGUAUCAUGUAUAUGUUGGGAUCUUAGCUUCUUAGAUGUCCA